AAUCAGUCGGUGUAUGUAUGCCAGUGGCAUCGGAUCGGAAAUCUUCAAUUAUUGUUUGCUGAAACGUGUCGGAAAGACUGUGAGAGAAAUCCACAUCUCUUGCCGUUAAUUGUUCACUUAAAAAAAACUUCUACAUUAAAUGAUUUAUUAGUGUUACAGGUUGGAAAAAAACUGUGCAAAAAAUAAUGGAACAAAGUGAAAAUUAAGCAUUUUUCCUGCUGCUGUGAGCGACAAAAAAAAGUGAAAAUAAUAAAAGUUCAUAUACGUGUGUGUUUUUUCUCAUUAAUUACAAUUUUCUCGCAAAAAAAUAGCAUACCUACGGCACGGUGGAAAGUGAAAAAAUGGCGCGAAACAAUGGAAUGAAUUUUCCUCGGAGCGUGAUAUUCAUUUUGCUGAAUGAAUUUGCCGAAAGAUUUGCCUUCUAUGGCAUGAAAACAAUCCUUGUCCUGUACCUGAGGUCAAAAUUAAACUUCAACGAUGAUACCUCGACGGAAAUCUUUCAUAUUUUCGUAAGUCUGGUAUAUUUCUUCCCACUCAUUGGUGCCAUUGUAGCCGAUAGUUGGCUCGGAAAGUACAAAACGAUCUUCUUCUUAUCGAUAGUCUAUGCUAUCGGUAGUGUGGUUAUUUCUCUGGGAGCCAUACCUCCUCUCAAUUUGCCAGUACAUGCUAUGACUAUCCUAGGUAUGUUGCUCAUUGCAACGGGGACAGGAGGAAUAAAGCCCUGCGUCGCUUCCUUCGGAGGAGAUCAAUUUAAAUUGCCAGAACAGGCAGCAUCACUGGCAAAAUUCUUUUCUCUCUUCUACUUCACUAUAAAUGCUGGAUCAUUUAUCUCAACACUCCUAACACCCGCGCUUAGGGAGGAUGUUCACUGCUUCGGUCAGAUGGAUUGCUAUUCAUUGGCAUUUGGCGUUCCAGCUGUCCUAAUGAUUGUUUCAAUUGUAAUCUUCGUCUUGGGAAGAUCCCUCUAUACCGUCACAAAGCCCACGGGCAAUAUGAUCGUACUCGUGUCAAAGUGCAUUGGCAAUGCAAUUGCAUCGUGGUCAAAGGAGAAGAAAGUCAACCCUAGAUCACAUUGGUUGGAGUAUGCAGAACCAAAAUAUGGCAAAACUCUGGUGAAAGAUGUGAAGAUCUUGCUGAAAAUUCUCGUUCUCUACCUACCACUCCCCUUCUUCUGGGCCCUAUUCGAUCAACAGAGCUCCCGAUGGACAUUCCAGGCAACACGAAUGGACGGGAGAGUUGGUCCGAUAACUAUAAAACCCGAUCAAAUGCAGGUAAUCAACCCAUUGUUAAUUCUUGCAUUCAUCCCACUCUUCGACGUCUUUGUGUAUCCCUUAUUGGGAAAAGUGGGCAUACGGAGGCCCCUGCAGAAGCUCACACUAGGCGGAAUAUUGGCUGCUAUUGCAUUUACAAUUUCGGGAUUAAUUGAACUAAAACUUGAGUCUCUGCAUGAACCAACGCCAUCAAUUGGAUAUACUCAAAUACGCAUUUACAAUCCAUUGCCAUGCCAAUAUAAUUUUAAACUUGCUGACCAUAUCACUGAGACGCUACAACCUCAGGGGGUAUUCCUAAGUGGUCAUAUCAGCUUAGACAGCAAUGCAACAUGGCAAGGAUCGGCAGAACUGAGUAGUGGCAGCGCCACAACGAACUGUCCGGCUUCUCUAGCAUUUAACGUGAAUCCCGUGGAGGAGCAGGUUCUUGGAUUAAGUCUCUUUGCACACCAAAAUGGUGAAUUGCAAUACGCACAGUAUGAAGAUUCUCCGACAAAAUCAAAGUUUGGCAUUCCUGUUGUACGAUUCCUCAUGAACUUCAAUGAUACUCUGAUACUUGUUAACAAAGAGUCAUCUACGGAUAUUCAUAUAAAGAAUUUCGACCGAAUCGACGUACCUGAAGGUCGGUGGACUAUCAAAAACAACGAUACUGAUGCUGCAAUUGGGGAGAUUUCUGUUGGAACAGGAGGAGUCUAUACGUACCUCCUAACCAGAGGAGAAAAUGAUGUAAUCAAUCUAAAGGAGGAAAUUUUAUCUCCCGAAAAUUCCGUCCAUAUGCUAUGGCAAAUUCCACAGUACGUCGUCAUGACUGCCGGAGAAGUUAUGUUUUCUGUGACGGGCCUAGAAUUUUCCUAUUCACAAGCACCUGUUAGCAUGAAAUCCGUCCUUCAGGCAUGUUGGCUCCUCACGGUGGCCAUUGGGAAUGUAAUUGUCGUUGCACUGACACACUUGAAAUUUUUCGAAUCACAAGCUGCGGAAUUUUUCGAAUUUGCCGUACUAAUGUUGAUUGAUAUGGGAAUUUUUAUUCUCAUCGCCAUGCGAUAUAAGUAUGUACAACAUGAUGAUGCCAAUGAGGGAAAUGAGGGUGAUAAACCCAUUGAGAGUAGCAUCCAAAUGGAGCAGAAACCCGAUAAGGAGGGUAUUGCAAAUAAGGCCUACAAUGAAGAUUAGCAUUUCCUUUUAAAAGUAAAUCCUUCAACAAUUGCGUCCUAAAAAUUGUAUACUGUUUUCCAUUUUUUUUAAAAUUACCUAAUGUAAAAUUUAAUGUAAUGUAAAGUAUUUACAGUACAUUUGUACAGGAAAAAUAAAUCAAAAUAAUAAAUAAAAAAA